GAUCAAUUAAAAAAGACCUAAGCACGACGAUGCUCUGUCAUUAGUUUUCUUGCUUCUCACACCAUUCCCUUCUCCGCGAGCUCCCGACUCUCCUGCUCCAAGCCGCAACAAUGGCGACCCCCAUGGUUCUAGACCCUACUCCUACUCCGAAGCCUGCCUUGGAGCUACCGGCAACUCGAACCGACACAUCUGUUCAAGACGUAUUUUACGACGGCGAGGACGAUCUGUACUCGCGUCUGAAAUCUCUGCAGAAACAGAUCGAGUUCAUUGAGAUCCAAGAGGAAUACGUCAAGGACGAGCUCAAGAACCUGAGGCGCGAGCACCUCCGAGCCCAGGAGGAGGUCAAGCGGAUCCAAUCGGUGCCGCUCGUAAUUGGGCAGUUCAUGGAGAUGAUCGACCAGAGCAACGCCAUCGUCGGCUCUACCACUGGAUCUAAUUACUAUGUCCGGAUUCUCAGCACCAUUAACCGGGAGCUUCUCAAAACCUCCGCUUCCGUUGCUCUUCAUCGCCACUCGAACGCUCUUGUGGAUGUGUUGCCUCCCGAGGCUGACUCUAGCAUCUCUCUGCUAAGCCAAUCAGAAAAGCCUGAUGUUACCUAUAAUGAUAUUGGAGGAUGUGACAUUCAAAAACAAGAAAUACGCGAAGCUGUGGAGUUGCCCUUGACUCACCAUGAUCUGUACAAGCAGAUUGGUAUAGAUCCACCUCGUGGUGUCUUGCUUUAUGGUCCACCAGGUACCGGUAAAACAAUGCUUGCCAAGGCCGUUGCUAAUCAUACAAGUGCAGCAUUCAUAAGGGUUGUUGGCUCAGAAUUUGUGCAGAAGUAUUUGGGUGAGGGUCCACGUAUGGUUCGUGAUGUUUUCCGCCUUGCCAAAGAGAAUGCCCCAGCUAUCAUUUUUAUCGAUGAGGUUGAUGCGAUUGCCACUGCUAGGUUUGAUGCUCAGACUGGAGCUGAUAGAGAAGUUCAGCGUAUCCUGAUGGAGUUAUUGAAUCAGAUGGAUGGUUUUGACCAGACAGUUAAUGUGAAAGUUAUAAUGGCGACUAACCGAGCAGAUACAUUGGACCCUGCCCUUUUGCGUCCUGGAAGGCUUGACCGCAAGAUUGAAUUUCCAUUGCCUGAUAGACGUCAAAAGAGGCUUGUUUUCCAGGUCUGUACUGCAAAAAUGAACUUGAGUGAUGAGGUAGACUUGGAAGACUACGUAUCUCGGCCAGAUAAGAUCAGUGCAGCUGAGAUCACUGCAAUCUGUCAAGAAGCGGGAAUGCAUGCAGUACGCAAGAACCGUUAUGUCAUUCUCCCCAAGGACUUCGAGAAGGGGUACAGGACAAAUGUCAAGAAGCCUGAUACGGACUUUGAUUUCUACAGGUAAAAAACGACGGGGGUUAGGAAAAUGAUCGAUGAUCUUUCCCCGUGCCUUGAAGAAAACUUAAUUAACAGGGGCAUCCGGGCAUGUUAGCACGCACUUGUUUUUAAUUAAGUAUAGUGCACCUUUGACUCUGGCUGCGUGUGUGUGUUCAUAAGCAUCAUUACAUGGAUUUAAAUUUUCAUUUAGGAGUAUUUGUUUUCCAUGUUUUUUGUUUUCCCUGUUUUUAUUUAACAUCGAAUGUGAUUUUAUGUAACGGUAAUUUGAAAACUGUCCCGCACAAAGUGUUCUUCAGGCUUUUCUUUUUAGUUCGUCAAAAAAUUUAUUUAAAAAUGUUUGAGAUUAUAAUAACUCAUAUGGAGUAUUUUUUUUUAUAUAAAAUCUUAACCACAUAAUUUCAUUCUCUAAAAAAUCCUCGUCUACAGAAUGCAUUUAUUGGGGGAAGUAGGGGAAGGGGUAGACCUAAGAAGAAUUGGGAGGAGGUGAUAAGACAGGAUUUAGGACUUCUCGACCUGACUGAGGAUAUGGCCCUAGAUAGGAACCUUUGGAGAACUAGGAUUAGAGUAGCUGGAUAGAAGCUCGGUGUUGUAGAGGUUGUUUUGUAGUGUGUUGUAUUUGUUGGGAAUCUUUUGCUAUUGUUUGUACUUGUUGCUUGUACUUGGUGCCUUAUCUGUGCUAUACUGUGUUCUCU